UUAGAAUAAACAUUCCAAAAAAUAUUAUAUAUAUAAUUAUUCUACAUAAUAUAUCUAUAGACAUUAGACACACACAUAUCGGGGCUCGCUAACCGGCUCGCGAGCCACGAGCCUAAAAUAAUUAGGCUUGACUCGAGCUUGUUAAGUAUUUGAGUCGAACCGAACUCGAGUCGAGCCGAACUCGAGUCGAGCUGAAAGAUGCCGAACUCGAGUCGAGCUUUUUCCGAGCGAUCCACGAGUGGCUCACGAACGGCUUGGCUCGUUUGCACCCCUAGUCAAACCCUCUCGUAAGGGGCUGUCCAUGAACCAACAAAGGCCCAAUUGCAGCAAAAUCAGACCCCAGAAAAUAAUUACUCCAGGGUACAGCAUCCAAACCCAGCUUCACACGCGUGGGCCGAGAAUCCAGCAAGCAGCCCAUCAAGCGAAGGCCCAUCCGCACUUCAACCCACAACAGGAACCCGACACUCCAUCCGCUCAGCUACAGGGCCGGAAUUAGGGCAACAGCCAAUAAUCUCUCACCCUCCAUCGCUACGCAUCCGAGCCGCCUCCCAUUCAAAUUUCAAAAUCCAGCCUGGCAAGUCAACCGACAGUCUGGCCAAUCAUGGUCAGCUGUCAGUCAGCCCCGCCCCACCCCACCCCACCCCUUCCGCCAGUCCCCCACCUGGUCCCUAUGCCGGCUUCAUAUUCUAGAGGAACCGGUGCUAGCAGAGUCUGUGCUACCAGAAUGACUGAACCAGAAGCUGUAUUACCAGAAUCCUCUCUACCAGAACUACCCAACACCACCACAGAAGAGGAAAUCAUUGACCACUCUGUUUUAGAUAACCAAUUUGCUCGGGUCCUGGCUUGGAGGGCAUGGAGAUUAAGUCCAUUUGAGGACUUUUUCAGACAGGUCAGUGAUUACAUUACAGAAGAACCCUAUGUCUUGGAAUGGAUAGGGUGUCAAGACAUUGCUAGAUGUAUGGAUCUUCAAUUCCUUGAAGGAAUUCUGGAAGAGAAGAAGUCGUCCCUGAGAGGGAAAUCUACAUCAGAAAUGGUUGUACCACAACAAGAGGCCACAUGCAGAGUUUGAUGAGCGGUUGAUGCGAAGAGGGGACACAAGGGAAUACUCCCAACAGAAGAGCUACUCCACUGCCAUGAAUGAGCUCCGGCAGAUUUGGGAACAAGAGAGAAAAGGCAAAUUUGUUGCCUUCCCAGAUUCAACUCCCUCUUCACCAGGCCUGUAACUGUUAUGUCACAAUUGUUCUCACAUCUAUUCAGUUACAUUAGUGCUCAAUAUUUUAGAUUCUAAUGAAAUGAUGAGUCAUAGCUUACAACUUUGUAUAUCUACUUUAUGUACCUUACUAAAAGUACUACAAGAAUGAAGAAAUGGAUUAAGAGCCCAAGAAUGCUUUUGGCAUUAUCAGGGAUGGUAAAUAGGCCUAAUCUGGC